ACUGUAUCUCUCUAGCCAGGAAUGUAUGUAGGGUACGGUAUUCUUGGAGUACCGCGCAUGCAGAAGCAUCUGUAGGACCAGCCCCAUGGUUUGAUUUUGAAUGGAUUGCUGUUCACCGCCACCGUCCCAUCCCAUCCCAUAAAGCGAGUGGAUACCCCUCCUUUCUUUGCGAGAGAAAUUUCGCUACAUACAGACAAAUCCAACAUCAUGUCCGCUCCUGCUGCUGCGUCUCCUGCUGCUGCUUCCGCUGAACCGGCGGCUGCCUCUACUAAUGCUGCCACGGCGCCCAUCGACCUCGGCGUUAUCGAGGCUGAUAGCGGUGAUGACGACUCCGCUCUUGGCUCUGGAGUUGACACCGAUACGACAAGUCUGAGCUCUACACUACAGGACUACGUCUUCGAGAAUGGCCGCCGGUAUCAUCGGUAUUUGGAAGGGAAAUAUCCUCUCCCGAACGACGAGACUGAGCAGGAUCGCAUCGACUUGCACCACCACAUCUGCCUCCUCUCCGCCGGCGGGAACAUCACCUUCGCCCCCGUCCAGAACCCCCAGCGUAUCCUCGAUGUCGGCACCGGCACUGGUAUCUGGGCUCUCGACGCCGCCGAAACCUGGCCCUCCGCAGAAGUAAUCGGCACGGACCUCUCCCCCAUCCAGCCAACCUGGACCUUCGCCAACUGCCGCUUCGAAAUUGACGACGCCGAAAACACGUGGACCUGGCCCGCGGACCACUUCGACCUGAUCCACAGCCGGUUCAUGGCGCAGACGAUCCGGGACUGGGACAAGUACCUCGGUCAAAUCUACACGCACACGAAGCCGGGCGGGUACACCGAGAUCGUCGAGAUCUACUGCGACAUAUUCUGCGACGACGGGUCUCUGCCGGCGGACGGCGCGCUGCGAAAGUACUACAACAAGUGGAACGAGCUGGCCGAGAUCGCGUUCGGCCGGAAGCAGCCGCUCAUGGACGAGUAUAUACGUGAUGUUGAGAAGGCGGGGUUCGUCGAUGUGAAGUGCUAUAAGAGGAGACAGUUCCUGAGCCCCUGGCCGAAGGAUCCUGUCCUUAAGCAGAUCGGCAGGUAUGGAUUGCUUAAUAUUCAGACGGGGUUUCACGCUUAUGGAAUGGCACUCUUCACCCGCCUGGGCGGCAUGACCGUCGAGGAGGCUACGGCUAUGUGCGAGGCCGCUGCAGUCGCCGGCGCGGAUGUGCGCCAGCACUGCUACAACAAGAUCUGGUUCAUCGUGGGAAGAAAGCCCGGAGGCAGUGACGAUAAUUGAUCAGUGACGAUAACUGAUCACGGGUGAUCACGCUGAGGGUUUAGGACGGACUGAAAACGAAUUUAUUUUUGUUGGUUCAUUCUGCAUACUUCCUAGUAGGCAGGGCAGACUUGAGUAUGGGAUGGAUACACACAUAGGUACAGACAGACGUAUCUCUUUGUCCCAGGAAUUGAAUGACUUUUAUGUAUCAUACGGCCGAGAUUUUCCGUGCUGCGUGUGGCAUAUGUAGGUACAACUCCUGCACUUCCGAC